UCGGGCAAUGGUGCACGAGGGUCCCUCUAAUUUGUUUUGGGACCGUGGAGUGGCACUUUCCGGAUCGAUGCCUCCGUCAGUUUGGUCGGGAGCAGUGCAUUCUGUUGGAGGUCCCCGAUAGCCAAGGGCCUUUCAUGGCCGAGAUGGUCGGCAAGGUACUCGCGAUUGGCCCACGAAGUUGGCGAAAUUCAUCACGAUUUGGUAGAACCGACAAUCCCAGGAUAUUGUCACUCCAACUCAAGUGGGUCGAAUGGGGUAUCAUGACCCAUACUUGGAUCGAUAUCGGCAAACAUCGGUUCGUUACAUGACUGCGGAGGGUGCGGCCGAUGGUGCAUUAGUUGAUGGGAUCGAGCGGAUCAAAGAUAUGACCACCAGGAGAAUUGAGCUGGGCAAUGAAGAUGUGAGCUUCAUCAGGAGGAUGGCAAACAGUUUGCUUGGCUGUAUCAGAGCUCAGGGUCGGGAUCAUCGUAGAUAUCCGCCCAUGCCCGCACCCCCGCCACCUCCGGUACAAGUUGAUGUCCCCGAUCUCCCACCACCAUACGAGAGAAAGAAGAGCAAGAGGGUUCGGGAAAGGCCC